UGCCUCGGCGAGCCCGGCUGCGGCGGCUGCAGCCAUGUGUUUCUCCGCCUGCCAGUGACACAAUAACACGGGAAGCGGCGGGAGGGAUCCGAGCCUGCCGAGGGGAAAAGUGACCUGACCCGCUCAGGCCGGCGGCGAUGGAGGAGGGCAUGAGCAGCAUGCAGCAGAAAGCGGCGGAGCUGGAGCACAUGGCCGAGGUCCUGCUCACCGGCGAGCAGCUCCGGCUCCGACUGCACGAAGAAAAGGUCAUUAAAGAUCGGCGACAUCACCUCAAAACGUACCCUAAUUGCUUCGUUGCCAAAGAGCUGAUUGACUGGCUGAUUGACCACAAAGAGGCCUCUGACAGAGAGACAGCCAUUAAAUUGGUGCAGAAAUUACUGGAUCACAGCAUUAUCCACCAUGUCUGUGAUGAGCAUAAAGAAUUCAAGGAUGUCAAGCUGUUCUACCGCUUCAGAAAAGAUGACGGGACGUUUCCACUGGACAACGAGGUGAAGGUGUUCAUGAGAGGACAAAGACUAUAUGAAAAGCUGAUGAGUUCUGAAAAUACCCUUCUGCAAGCCAGGGAAGAGGAAGGAGUCAAGUAUGAACGGACAUUUGUAGCAUCAGAAUUCCUUGACUGGCUGAUCCAGGAAGGAGAGGCCACGACACGGACUGAAGCAGAGCAGCUCGGCCGCAGGCUUUUGGAGCAUGGAAUUAUUCAACACGUGUCCAACAAGCACCAUUUCAUGGACAGCAACUUGCUCUAUCAGUGCAGGAUGAACUUUCGCCGCCGGCGGCGAUUAAUGGAGCUCCUCACUGAGAAAUCCCGCUUGAUGCCUGAAAGCCAUGACAGCCCGUUCUGCCUGCGCAAACAGAACCACGACAACAGGAAACACACCAGUUUUCUCUCAGUGAGUCCCACCAAGGAGAUAAAGAUCGUGUCGGCGGUGCGAAGGAGCAGCAUGAGCAGCUGUGGCAGCAGCGGGUACUUCAGCAGCAGCCCAACGCUCAGCAGCAGUCCCCCCGUGCUCUGCAACCCCAAAUCUGUAUUAAAGAGACCUGUGACUGCUGAUGAGCUCUUAAUGCCUGGAGCCCCAUAUGUGAGGAAAACUUUCACGAUCGUUGGGGACGCAGUGGGCUGGGGCUUUGUGGUGCGGGGGAGCAAGCCCUGCCACAUCCAGGCUGUGGACCCCAGUGGGCCAGCAGCUGCAGCUGGGAUGAAGGUUUGCCAGUUUGUUGUAUCUGUCAACGGCCUCAAUGUUCUCCAUGUGGAUUACAGGACAGUGAGCAACCUCAUCCUGACUGGCCCUCGAACAAUUGUGAUGGAAGUGAUGGAAGAAAUGGAGGCCUGAGAAGGCAAAAAACCCUCUUACUGGAUAUUUUUGUGAGAGAAAUGGUGACAACCAUGAAGUGACAUGACACAAGGCAGCAGGACGUUGCUGUGUCUAAAUAGAUGAUUUUGCUUUUAGGGAAGGGGACUCUCUUUCAUUUAACAAUAAUAGCACUGGUGAUUAUGCUAAGAUGUGAACAACAGAUACCAGCAUAUUUUCACUACAGAUUUCUCUUUGCCUGACAGAAACAAGAUUAGGGCCUUUAGAUUGUCUGUCCAGCCAUGUCUGCAUCAGUCAGAAUGGUUUCCAACCUAAGAGGUUGUGCAUAUUUCCUCAUAGUCCACCACUGGAUCAGAGCACUUCAGGAGGUGAAAAAGCCAAACACAGUGGGGUUAGUAUGUCACAGAUGGUUUGCAUGGCAUAUUUACAUUGGUAAGUGUUGUCCUGGUGUCCAGCUUUGUCCCUGGAGCAUGUGCAGUCACAGUUGCUCUCUCCUUGGGCCAAGGGACAGUUGACUAAAUGCUGGCUUGAUUGCAAUCAAACACAAUUGAACUGCAAAUGCAUGAAAAAAAGGUGUCUGUGCUCUGUAGAUGAUAUUCUGGCCUGAAUGUUCGGGCCUAACUGAAUACACAGGUUAGUCUAGAAAGAAAAUGGGAAAAUGUGUGGUACUUUUACAAAAUCUGCCUUUGAAAAUUGGUCUUUUGGUUUCAAUGCUUACUUAAAAGAUUUAAACACUGGUUUAGGUUCUUGAGUAUAAGAUACUGAUUUUGAGGUUUUUUCCAUAUCUGUAAAUGGAAGGUGCCUCAGGCUUGCUGUUUAUCACUUUGGAGAAAUUUUGGACACCUUUAUUCCUAAAAGAAGAAUAUUUGGCAGGUUGCAGUAGGGAAUUCACAGUGUUAGCAUUAGGAAUGAUACAUCCACAUGCUCCACUAGCAUAAGUACACUUCAAAUUGAAGCAACGUACUUGAAUGUACAUUAAGCUUGUUAGCACUUUUCAAUCAUCUGAUGUUUUGCAAAGAACCAACUUGCCGCAUGAGCUGCGUUUGACACUUUUACUAAUAAAAUGUAUUUAACUGACUCUUACUCCUUUUCAAACAGUAGGGUUUUGUCAUUGAUUAAAAAAAAUCAUUUAUACAAGUUUCAUAUUCUACAGUUAGAUGACUCCUCAGCUCGAUGACAGGGGGACUGCAUGGGUUUUCUUUGAUCUUUGAAUGGAAUAAAUACAUUCUUCUCCACAGAAUUAUAAAUGUAUUUUGCAGACUUUCUCUGCUGUCUAAAUUUUACAAUUAAAGCUUGACUUUCUGUAUGGGCAUACCACAAAUCGUUCAAUUAUGGGGUGGGGAAAGUAUUUUUUCCUCAAAUAAUGUUGAAAUAUGUUUUGUAUUAAAAAUUGUUCUCACUAAA